CAAGCAUAUUAUCUUUCGUGGUUAUCUUUCGUGGGUUCUUUACAACUUCAUUUUUAUUAUUACUACAAUAGACUGUGAAGUUAUAACAUGAGAAUAGCAGAGACAGCGACAAUGGUCAUGCCAAGGGCUACCUUUGAGACUUGGUUGACGAGACCGCUGUUCCCAGGUGGUGCAUACACAGGCAGUGUCACCUGGGUAGCAGGUGCACCAGCAAUCAAUGCCUUGGGAGACGUGACAUUAGCCGAAGCAGGAACUACGGUGAUGGGCUCCUUGUAAAAAAGAGUUCUGUUGCCAGCCAACGACAAUGUGUAUCCAAGGACAAUCUAUACACAUUUAGUGAUGGUAAUGAAGGUAAUAAAGUGUUAUUUUC